CAGAUUCUCACAACUCCGUGCUGUGUGCUGCAGGCUGGUCUUGAACCCUGAGCUCUGGCUGAGAGAAUGGGGGCGGACGGGGAAACAGUAGUCCUGAAGAACAUGCUCAUUGGUGUCAACCUGAUCCUUCUGGGCUCCAUGCUUAAGCCGUCAGAGUGUCAGCUGGAGGUCACCACGGAAAGGGUCCAGAGACAGGCAGUGGAGGAGGAAGGAGGCGUUGCCAACUACAACACAUCAGGCAAAGAGCAGCCCGUGGUCUUCAACCACGUGUACAACAUUAAUGUGCCCCUGAACAGCCUCUGCUCCUCGGGGCUGGAGGCCUCGGCGGAGCAGGAGGUGAGUGCCGAGGACGAGGCGCUGGCAGAGUACACGGGCCACACCUCAGACCACGAGAGCCGGGUCACCUUCACCCACAAGAUCAACCUCCCCAAGAAGGCCUGCCCGUGUGCUGGCUCGGCCCAGCUGCUGCAGGAGCUGCUGAGCCGGAUUGAGAUGCUGGAGAGGGAGGUGUCGCUGCUGCGGGAACAGUGCGAAGGCAACUGUUGCCAAGGAAGUGCUGCCACAGGACAACUGGACUAUAUCCCUCACUGCAGUGGCCAUGGCAACUUUAGCCUCGAGUCCUGUGGCUGCAUCUGCCAUGAAGGCUGGUUUGGCAAGAACUGCUCAGAGCCCUACUGCCCGCUGGGCUGCUCCAGUCGGGGUGUGUGUGUGGACGGCCAGUGCAUCUGUGACAGCGAAUACAGCGGGGAUGACUGCUCCGAACUCCGGUGCCCAACAGACUGCAGCUCCCGGGGGCUCUGUGUGGAUGGGGAGUGUGUCUGUGAAGAGGCCUACACGGGCAAGGACUGCAGCGAGCUGAGGUGCCCUGGGGACUGUUCAGGGAAGGGGAGAUGUGUCAAUGGUACCUGCUUAUGCCAGGAGGGCUACGUCGGUGAGGACUGCGGCCAGCAGCGGUGUCUGAACGCCUGCAGUGGGCGAGGAUACUGCCAGGAGGGACUGUGCAUCUGUGAAGAGGGCUACCAGGGCCCUGACUGCUCAGCAGUUGCCCCUCCAGAGGACUUGCGAGUGGCUGGUAUCAGCGACAGGUCCAUUGAGCUGGAAUGGGACGGGCCGAUGGCAGUGACGGAAUAUGUGAUCUCUUACCAGCCGACGGCCCUGGGGGGCCUCCAGCUCCAGCAGCGGGUGCCUGGAGAUUGGAGUGGUGUCACCAUCACGGAGCUGGAGCCAGGUCUCACCUACAACAUCAGCGUCUACGCUGUCAUUAGCAACAUCCUCAGCCUUCCCAUCACUGCCAAGGUGGCCACCCAUCUCUCCACUCCUCAAGGGCUGCGAUUCAAGACAAUCACAGAGACUACCGUGGAGGUGCAGUGGGAGCCCUUUUCAUUCUCCUUUGAUGGAUGGGAGAUCAGCUUCAUUCCAAAGAACAAUGAAGGAGGGGUGAUUGCUCAGCUCCCCAGUGAUGUUACAUCCUUCAAUCAGACAGGACUAAAGCCUGGGGAGGAAUAUAUUGUCAAUGUGGUGGCUCUGAAAGAGCAAGCCCGGAGCCCUCCUACCUCGGCCAGCAUCUCUACUGUCAUUGAUGGCCCCACGCAGAUCCUGGUUCGUGAUGUCUCCGACACCGUGGCCUUCGUGGAGUGGACCCCCCCUCGAGCCAAAGUCGACUUUAUUCUCUUGAAGUAUGGCUUGGUGGGUGGGGAAGGCGGGAAGACCACCUUCCGGCUGCAGCCUCCCCUGAGCCAAUACUCAGUGCAGGCCCUGCGGCCCGGCUCCCGGUACGAGGUGUGGGUCAGCGCAGUCCGCGGGACCAACGAGAGCAAGUCCACGACCACCCAGUUCACAACAGAGAUCGACGCCCCCAAGAACCUGCGGGUUGGUUCCCGAACGGCAACCAGCCUUGACCUUGAGUGGGACAACAGCGAAGCAGAGGUUCAGGAGUACAAGGUCGUGUACAGCACCCUGGCAGGCGAGCAGUACCACGAGCUGCUGGUUCCCAAGAGCAUAGGUCCAACCUCCAGAGCCACCCUCACAGAUCUGGUACCUGGCACUGAGUAUGGAGUUGGAAUAUCCGCCAUCCUGAACUCACAGCAAAGCGUACCAGCCACCAUGAAUGCCAGGACUGAACUUGACAGUCCCAGAGACCUCAUGGUGACAGCCUCCUCAGAGACCUCCAUCUCCCUCAUCUGGACCAAGGCCAGUGGCCCCAUUGACCACUACCGAAUUACCUUUACCCCAUCCUCCGGGAUCGCCUCAGAAGUCACUGUGCCCAAGGACAGGACCUCGUACACACUGACAGAUCUAGAGCCUGGGGCAGAGUACAUCAUUUCAAUCACUGCUGAGAGGGGUCGGCAGCAGAGCUUGGAGUCCACCGUGGAUGCCUUCACAGGCUUCCGCCCCAUCUCCCAUUUGCACUUUUCUCAUGUGACCUCCUCCAGUGUCAACAUCACCUGGAGUGACCCAUCCCCACCAGCAAACAGACUCAUUCUCAACUACAGCCCCCGAGAUGAAGAGGAAGAGAUGAUGGAGGUCUCCCUGGAUGCCACCAAGAGGCAUGCAGUCCUGAUGGGCCUGCAGCCGGCCACUGAGUACAUUGUGAACCUGGUGGCAGUCCAUGGUACAGUGACCUCUGAGCCCAUCGUGGGCUCCAUCACCACAGGAAUUGAUCCCCCCAAAGACAUUACAAUCAGCAAUGUGACCAAGGACUCGGUUAUGGUCUCCUGGAGCCCUCCUGUUGCAUCUUUUGAUUACUACCGAGUAUCAUAUCGGCCAACACAAGUGGGACGGCUGGACAGCUCAGUGGUGCCCAACACUGUGACAGAAUUCACCAUCACCAAGCUGUACCCUGCUACCGAAUACGAAAUCAGCCUCAACAGUGUGCGGGGCCGGGAGGAGAGUGAACGCAUCUGCACUCUCGUGCACACAGCCAUGGACAACCCUGCGGAUCUGACUGCCACCAACAUCACUCCAACAGAAGCCCUGCUGCGGUGGAAGGCACCAGUGGGUGAAGUGGAGAACUACGUCAUUGUUCUCACACACUUUGCAGUUGCUGGAGAGACCAUCCUGGUUGAUGGAGGGAGUGAGGAGUUCCAGCUGGUUGACCUGCUUCCCAGUACCCACUAUACUGUCACUUUGUAUGCCACCAGUGGGCCUCUCACCAGUGGCACCAUCAGCACCAACUUCUCUACCCUCCUGGACCCUCCUGCAAACCUAACAGCCAGUGAAGUCACCAGACAAAGUGCCCUGGUCUCCUGGCAGCCACCCAGAGCAGAGAUCGAGAACUACGUCUUGACCUACAGAUCCACGGAUGGAAGCCGCAAGGAGCUGAUUGUGGAUGCAGAAGACACAUGGAUCCGACUGGAGGGCCUAUCAGAAAGCACAGACUACACAGUGCUCCUGCAGGCGGCCCAGGACACAGCGCGGAGCAGCAUCACCUCCACGGCCUUCACCACAGGGGGCCGGAUAUUCCCUCAUCCUCAAGACUGUGCCCAGCAUUUGAUGAAUGGAGACACUCUGAGUGGGGUUUACACCAUCUUCCUCCAUGGAGAGCUAAGCCAGAAGUUACAGGUUUACUGUGACAUGACCACGGACGGGGGUGGCUGGAUUGUAUUCCAGAGGCGGCAGAAUGGCCAAACUGAUUUUUUCCGGAAAUGGGCGGAGUACCGUGUUGGCUUCGGGAACCUGGAGGAUGAGUUUUGGCUGGGGCUGGACAACAUACACAGGAUCACAUCCCAGGGCCGCUACGAGCUGCGUGUGGACAUGCGGGACGGCCAGGAGGCCGCCUUCGCCCACUACGACAAGUUCUCUGUCGAGGACAGCAGAAGCCUGUACAAACUGCGCAUAGGAGGCUACAACGGCACUGCAGGGGACUCCCUCAGCUACCAUCAAGGACGCCCUUUCUCCACAGAGGACAGAGACAAUGAUGUUGCAGUUACCAACUGCGCCAUGUCAUACAAGGGGGCUUGGUGGUAUAAGAACUGCCACCGAACCAACCUCAAUGGAAAAUAUGGGGAGUCCAGGCACAGUCAGGGGAUCAACUGGUACCAUUGGAAAGGCCACGAGUUCUCCAUCCCCUUUGUGGAAAUGAAGAUGCGCCCCUACAACCACCGUCUCACGGCGGGGAGGAAACGGCGGUCCUUGCAGUUCUGAGUAGUGGGAGGCUGCGAGCCAACUGACCUUUUCUGUCAUUUGUUUGUAUUUUAUAAUAUGAAGCAAAGGGUGGGGGGUAAUAGUAACGUGCUUUGCAACAUAUUAAGAGUGUUUAAAGGAAGAAGGAUGUAGCAGGAAUCAGUUGAGGUUCAGCCGCUCAUGGUUUCUGCUGCCCCUGGGCCUGACCCUCAGUCUCCAUUCUCCCCCUGCCCAGUCAUCCUUAACCUUCCCCUCUUUUCCCACCAAGGAGGAAAAGUGGGAAGCCUUCUUAAAAGAUCAAUUCAAAGGCAAGUCCUGGAGUCAGACUGUCAUGGUGACAGGCACGUGCCUUCUUUCCUUGCCCUCCUUCUGAGAUGCCCUACAUCCGGAUGUUCAUGCCUAGUCACUGCCUUUGAUGGCCAGGUUCUCACACUGGCCCAGAGAAGAAACCUCAGCAAGAGAGCUUUGCAAACAACUCCCCUUAAGAGAAAACACAUUAACUUCACUCUGUCCCGACAAGCCAAGUCCUCUUAAAUGGGCCAAAGAUUCUCAUCUUCUGACACUCUUACUCUUACCAGCUGAGUGUCCUCUGUUACCUUUUGAGAGUUCUGGCCUCCUUUCCAGCCCCAAUCGAUCCUGUGCCUACUUGCAUCCUACCCUGAGACCCCCAUGGCCCCACAAGCCCAACCUCUGCUUGAACUCUAGUUCCUGAGGCAUCCGUUGCCCAUGCCUGGCCCUGAGCUGCACGGUGGCUGUGUCCCUAUGGGUCAUAAAUCACUGCCCCCUCCCUCAGGUCAGAGAGCAACUUUCUUUGGGAGUGGGAAGGGGAGAUGGUUGUGAGUUUUAGCACGUUGGGGUCAGGCAUUAAGGAAAGGACAGAAGAAGUGGAAAUCAGGGCACCUGCCAUUGAGAUGACAGGUCCCGUGGGGAACACAGAUCUUACCUAGCUCCAUUUUCUCUAU